AUGGCUGGACGGCGAUGGCCUGACGUGCUGGACGGCGGCGGCGGAGGACGACGACGCGCAGGGGCUGCUCGGGUUCGAGGUGCUGUCGCUCUUCGACGGCGGCAGGACGGGCUGGCUCGAGGCACUGCGCGUGAGGCCGGAUCGGCGAGGGCAGGGAGUCGCUUCGGCCUUGCAGUCGUGGCUCGUGGAGCUCGCGCGCGGGACGCUCGGCCUGGCUCGGGUGCGCUACACCACCGACACCGCCAACGUCGCGAGCCGCCGCCUCGCAGCUCGCUGCGGCCUGGUGCCCGUCGCCGCCUGGGCCGUCGUCGCGCCGCGCCGCAGGACGAAGCUGCCCGAGCUCGCGGGGCGCCUGCGCGGCGCGGCGCGGAGCUGCUGGAGUAUGGCGCCAGGUCGGGCUGCCGCCACCUGCUGCAGCAGGCCUGGAAGGCCCGGGACUUCGGCCCGGAGGCCCUGGCGGCCCUGCUGCCCACCCACGAGGCGCCCCUGGUGGCCCUCGGGGCGGCCGGGCAGGUGGAGUCCUUCUCGCUGGCGUUCCGGAGCUGCAGCCCCGGCGGCGUCACCGUGUACGCCACGGUCUACGCGGCCAGCGUGGCGGACAUCCUCGCGCACCUGGCCGCGCAGGUCGACUCUGCGGGCGCCUCGGGCGCCGGGGCCGUGGUGCUCAUGUGCCCCCUGGCCGCCGAGCCAGAGCUGCGCCGCCUCGGGCUCGUGGACCUGUGUGCGGCAGCAGCGCCGGGCACGGAGCCGGUCGCGCGGCGCUGCGUGCUGCUGGAGCGCGAGUUCCCAGAGAACGCGCAGCGCGCGGAGCAGAGCAGCACAGAGAGGGGUACGCCCGGGUUCCGGCUCUCAGCCUGGCGCGACCCAGGGUGGGCCAGCGGAUCGAGGGAGCAUAAGUACAUGCCUCGCGCGGGAGCGCGGGCCAAGCAUAAGCCUCUCGCAACGUUGCCCAGUGAGGAGGGACUGGAGGAGAAGGGCGAGGAGAGGCGCGGGGAGUUCGUAGCCAUUCGUGUGGGCUCAAGCGCCGAGGCUGGCGCUGACUAUACGCCCCUGUUCGAGCUGGUGGCGACGUCGGUCGCGACCUUGGCUGCUCCCGAUGCGUCUGUUGAUGUGUAUGCUCAGGUGCACGAGGACGUCAAGGCCGCCGACAGCAAGUUCCUCGCUCAGGGCCGUGCCGUCUGGAAGGCAUGGCUUAACGUUGGAGCGCAGUCUGGUGCCAAACGGGCGUCGCACCGUCCGUUCAGCGCCUCUCCGAGGGAGGUGCUGCGCCAGGUGCGAGAUGCUUUCGCGGUCCAGGACCCGGGCGCGGCUGCGCCAGCCAGGUGGCAGUGGCAGGAUCGCGGCGGGUGGAAGGACCACGACCCGUGCGAGUCGCAACAGCUGGAGGCCGGCUUCCACUCUGGCGCGGCCACGUUCGAGAUCUCGGCGCGCGGCCACACGUACACCAUUGUUGGGAUGCAGCUCCUGGGCGGCGGGCUCUGGGACUGCGCGGCGUGCGGGGAGCCCAACCGGCAGUUCCGAGGGUCCUGCAACAGCUGCGGCGCGGCGCCGCCCGAGCCGCUGGCGCGGGCGGCCUCCGCCUCCUGCGCCCCGCCCGGCGCGGACGUCUUCUCGCAGCGCCUCCUGCCCGGAGGCAGCGCCUCUUGCCUUGAGGUGAUGUUCUCGGGGGCGCGCACCAGGGCGGAGAUCAGGGAGGCCUUGCGCAGCUGCGGCGGGGACGAGAGCAGGGCGUGCGAGGUGCUGCUGCGGCAGGGGGACGCGCCGACGGCGUCGUCAUCGUCGUCGGCGUCGCCAGGGGCCCCGCGCGGAGGGGCCGUCUCGCACUCCGAGCUCAGCCGGGCCGCGGGGCCCACUCUCACAUGGUGUGGCUGCACCGAGGACGUGGUGGGGCGCGAGGGCCCUGCCUCGAGCGCCGCGGGCGGCCCGGGUCGGCCAGCUGAUGCAGCCCGGAAGGCCUGCUGGAUGUACGCCGACCUGUGGGCCGUGGCCCGCGUGAACGGACUCAGGUGGAGCCGGCAGAUGGACGAGCGCGCCCUGAUCUGGAAGACGGAAGCCGCAGGAGCAGGGCCGCGGGCCGAGGUGGCGGCCUGUCCGCGUGGCGCUGGGCGGCGAGGAGGCGGUGUGCGAGUCGCUCGAGGCGGUCCGGGACCUGUUUGCAACGGAGCACGCGUGGGCCUGGUGCAUCGUUCUGGAGGAUGCGGCGGUAGAGCUGGGGCAGGCGAGCAUCGGCUCGCCCAGCGCGAGCUGGUACAGGGAGGAGGCCAGCGGCGGGCACUUCUGUCUCUCCAGCGCGUCGAGGAGCGGUUGGAAGCUGUACGUUGA